UGACGAGAUGAAGCCGAGGCUUCGGAGCGUGUGUCGAGUAAUCGCCGAAGCUUUCUGUGAAGCCUGUGUCGAGGCUUGUAUCAUUUGGGGGCCAGUGACGUCAUCGAUGACAAACGAAGCCUCGUUUGUCGAUACCACGUGACUGCUUCAGGAAGCGAUUCAGAUCUUGGCGCGAGCUUCUGACAGAUAAAAAGCCAUGGGAUUUGAUUCAAGAUGUGUGAUCCUUGUGAGAGGAAAACACUUGUCGUUUUGCCAGUUUUGGUUGUACGAUAUUUUUGCUACUUGCAAAGUUAGAAUGGAGCCAGCUAAGAAGAGAAAGACUUCCCCUAUGUGGGAAUACUUUGAUCAGAUUUCACACAAUAAGGUGAAGUGUUUAUUGUGCUCCAGGGAACUGGGGUACAGUAACAAUACUUCAUCCAUGCUAAGGCAUUAUCGUGCCAUGCAUGAGAUGAAGGAGGGACAUGCAGGUGAUGCAGGUGGACCUGCUCAAGGUACCAGGCCUACCAGAAAACAGGAUCUGGAUGAGGCCUUGGUCAACCUGAUUGUGAAGGAUACACAGCCAUUCAGUGUUGUGGAGGAUGUGGGAUUCAGGGCAUUUGUGGCCUUAUUGGAUCCAAACUAUGUCAUCCCCAAGCGACAGGCUGUUAAGGCUAUGGUGGAGGCCAAGUAUGCUCUAGAAAGGAGCAAGGCCAUAGCUGACAUGCAGAAGGUGGUUGCAGUGAGCUUGACCUCUGACAUGUGGACCUCCAUCAAUAUGGAUGCCUAUCUGGCUGUAACCUGCCACUUUGUUGACGACAACACACGUCUUAAUUCUGUGUUGUUAGGGGUCCAACAAUUUUCCCAAACACACACUGCUGAAAACCUGGCCAGAGUGAAAACCUCCCUCAUGGAGGAAUGGGGAAUCACAGACAAGGUCACUUGCCUUGUGACGGAUGGUGCAGCCAAUAUGAUCUCCUGUGGCAAACACUUAAAGCUACGUCAUGCAAUAUGCAUUGCACAUACACUGAAUUUGAUUGUCAAAAAAUCUCUUGACAUGACCCCUGUGCUGAGUGAUAUCCGGGCCAAGUCAAGAAAACUUGUGGGAUUUUUCAGGAGCAGCACCCUUGCUAAGGAGAAGCUUGUAUCGGUGCAAAGGCAAAUGGGAAGGCCCACACUGAAGCUCCUGCAAGAGGUGGAGACCCGCUGGAACAGCACAUAUCACAUGCUGCAACGUCUGGUGGACCUCAGAGAGCCAGUUGGUGCGGCAUUAGCCAGCUUGAACACUGACAUCACCACACUGACCUCUGCCGAGUUCACCACCAUAAGUGGGUGCCUCUCUCUGCUGUCCGGAUUCAAUGAUGCCACCAUUGAGCUGUCUGAGGAGAAAAAUGUAUCCGGGUCCAAGGUUGUGCCCCUCCUCAAAAUGCUGGAGCAAAUGCUUCAAGAGGAGAUGGCAAAAACUGCAGAAGCAGUGGCAAAAGAAAUGGGAGAACACCUAUUAAGGCAGCUAAGAGAGAGGCUCCACACACUCCAAUCAAUGAGCAUAAUGUCAUUGGCAACACUACUGGACCCUAGGUUCAAAUUGAUCGGGUUUUUUUAG